GUCUUGGGAUUCAAAGACGCCGUCUUUGACAGAAGGAUCUUAGAAGAUCUAGUCAUGGACAAACAAGACAAGUUGUUGAUAACUAACUUGACACAAAAGUAUGUCCGUAGCCUCGUCAUCAUGAAUGUUCAACUAGAGCACGAAAGUGUCAUAACUUUGUCAGAGCCUUCGUGGUCAACUAAUUUCAUCAAGGGGAAAGGCGAAGGUCUUAUAUUCCUCUUGCAUGGAAAGCCGGGUGUUGGGAAGACGUACACGGCUAAAUGUGUAGCAGCUCACACUGAGCGUCCUCUGUUAUCCCUGAACUGUGCUGAUAAUGGCACCGAUCCAGGAACCAUCGAAGAUAAGCUUAACAGAUGGUUCAAACUUGCCAAAAGCUGGGGCGCCAUAUUGCUCAUUGAUGAAGCCGACAUAUACAUGGAGCAUCGGCAAGUCCAAGACCUGGCGAGAAACAACUUGGUUGCUGGUUUUCUCAAAGCAUUGGAGUAUUAUCAAGGCAUGUUGUUCCUCACGACGAACAGGGUAGGCACCUUUGACAAAGCCUUCAUCUCAAGAAUCCACAUCAUGCUUCAUUACCCACCUUUCACGGACAAAGACCGCGAGGACGUGUGGGAGAACUUUUUCAGAAAACUGGAAAGCGAGGACGACAAGAUGAGAAUCCAAGAGAGUACAAGAAGCUACGUCACAUCCGAAGAAGUCCAAAGCCUGCAAUGGAAUGGAGGAGAAAUCCGAAACGCAUUCCAAAUAGCAGUUGCACUCGCACAAGUUGAAGACAGCCGCGACAAGAAGGGCCUGAUUCUGAUCAAGAGGGACCACAUCAGGUCAACCGUGCGCAUGUCGAAAAACUUCAAAGACUACUUGAAGGAUCUUUACAAAAAGGAUGAAACGCAAAUGGCAGCCACGAAAGGACACAGGCUGGACACUUUCGGCUCAAAAACCUCCGAAUGA